AUGAGUGGUCCCGGUGUCGGUUUCGAGUAUCCUCGCCAGGAGGUUUCCUGGGUAAAGCGUGAUGUCUUGCUCUUCGCGAACACCGUCGGCUGCACCGAUCAGGAGCUGCACUUCCUCUAUGCAAGUUCUCUUCUGCUUAUUUGCUUGCUGGCUGAACUUCACCCGAACUUCGCCGUCUUCCCGACCUAUCCCAUUAUCCUCUCUUUCAAGGGCAACGCCCAGGACGUGAUUGACUUCUACGCCGCCCAGAAGUCUGUUCAGAUCCCGAAUGUUCCCUCUUUCGACCCCCGCCGCGUCGUCGACGGCCAGCGCAAACUUGUGCUUCACAAGUCCCUCCCCACAAGCUCGGAGGGAAAGAAGUUCGAAGUCCGAACCAAGGUCCUCGGCGUUUACGACAAGGGCCGCCCCGGAUCCGUCGUAGAGACCCAGACCGACCUCGUCGAUGCUGAAUCCAACGAGGUCUACGCCAGCGUCAUUACUAGCAGUUUUUACGUCGCCCAGGGCAACUGGGGCGGCCCCAAGGGUCCUGCGACUGAGAACUUCCCCCCGCCGAAGGACAAGAAGCCCGACGUCACUUUCGAGCACCAAACGAACAAGCAGUCGGCCCUGCUGUACCGACUGAACGGCGACUACAACCCCCUCCACGCAACUCCCGAGCCCGGAAAGAAGAUGGGCUUCCCCGGUGCCAUCAUGCAUGGCCUGUACUCGUGGAACUCUACGGCCCACGGCCUGCUUGAGGCAUUCGGCGGCAGCAACCCUGCCAACAUCAAGGAGUACCAGGCGAGAUUCGCUGCCCCCGUCAUGCCCGGUGACAAGCUGGUGACGGAUGCCUGGCGGACUGGGGAGGUCAAGGACGGCUUUGAGGAGAUCCGCUUCCAGACCAAGGUUGAGGGAGGCAAGAUUGUUCUGAGCAACGGACGCGCCUUGAUCAAGGUUGUGGAGCCUCUCAAGUCGAAGCUUUGUACGAUUCGCUACAUCGGCGCAGUUGCCGGCACGUCAGGCACCUGGCUCGGUGUAGAAUGGGAUGACACGGGACGAGGAAAGCAUGACGGCCAGCAUAAGGACGUCAGAUAUUUCACAUGUCUCUCGAAAUCUCCCACCGCCGCUUCGUUUGUGCGCCCGACCCGCCCCGCUGACGCGCCGCAGAGUUUCGUGGCAGCUCUGAACGGCAAGUAUGCCUCUGAGCAGGCGGCGGAGCGCGAGCCCGAGAUCCAGAUAGUCUUCUUCGGGAAGAAGCCGGCAGAAGAGGUCGGCUUCGACAAAAUUCGCCGCCAGCUCGCGCGCGUUGAGGACCUGACCAUUGUGAUUCUUGACGGGACGCGGAUUGCAGUUGACGUAGCAUCUGAGGAUAAGAGCGUCAAGGAAACGAGCCCGCUGGUCACGGAGCUCGAUCUGAGCAGAAAUUUGUUCGAAGAGUUCCGACAAGUCGUCCGUAUCUGUCGAGAGCUGGAAGAUCUGAGGAGUUUGAGACUCAAUGGCAACCGCUUUCGAGUCAUCGAAGAUGACGAGACGCAAGCCUUUAUGAAGGUCAACGACCUGGAGCUUGAGGAAACGCUGUUAGACUGGGAGUCUCUAUCUGGCCUCGCCCGCAAGUUCCCCUCUCUGUCAUCGUUAAGCUGCAGUCUCAACCAGCUCUCCACGCUCCCGACAGUGCCGUUCGGUCACCUCAGCGAUACCUUGACGACUUUGGAUCUGGAGUUCAAUGAGUUUACUUCUCUCGCAGACUUGUCUGUCCUGUCGUCUCUCACGUCUCUGCGUAAUCUCCAUCUCAAGGGCAACAACAUAUCUACGAUCUCUCCUACAUCCGUUCCGGCUCCCGUCUUUCCUGAGAGCCUGCAGUACCUGGACGUAUCUUACAACGCUGUAACAAGCUGGUCCUUUAUUGACGCCCUACCGGCAUCAUUUCCGGGUCUGAACGCUCUCCGCUUCGCCCACAACCCUAUCUACGAACGCCCUGAUCCCGAAAUCCAAGGCGGAGGCAAUCAGACGAAGUCUACCGAUGAGGCCUACAUGCUGACCAUCGGCCGGCUGGGCUGUCUCAAGGCCCUAAACUUCACCACAAUCUCGACCUCGGACCGCUCCAACGCCGAAAUGUUCUAUCUUUCCCGCAUCGCAAAGCAGCUCGCCUCCGUCCCCGAGGCCGCUGAGCCCGAGGUCCUUGCACAGCACGCCCGAUACACUGAGCUUUGCACCAUCUAUGGCGCUCCUGACGUUAUUCGCCGCGACGAGAUCAAUCCUUCCUAUCUAGAGGCACGCCUGAUCACGGUUCACUUUCAUUACCCGCACACGACUGCAAACAAAACCAAAACUACCCACCUGCCAAAAUCGUCCGACAUCUACGCCGUCAAGGGUACUGCGGGCAGGUUGUUUGGUAAGGAUCCACUCAGCCUGCGUUUGGUUUGGGAGACGGGCGAGUGGGACCCCGUGGCUGGGUUCGAUGAAGACGAGGAGGCGGAAGACAGCAGCGACGAAGAGGAUGCUGCUGGCGCAAUUGCGAGGAGCGGUGAGGAGGAAACAGGCACGGCGCAAGAGGGCAAGGGUGGAAGAUGGGUCAAGAGAGAAGUUGAGCUCAAGGAUGGGCCUAGACAAUUGGGCUUCUGCGUAGACGGGUUGGAUGUCAAGAUCCGGGUGGAAGACAAGUAA